GGCCGGGGCGUUAUCAGCUGCGGGGAGGCAGACUGGAGCGGCGCGGGACGCGAGUGCUGGCGGCAUGAGCGCUCGCCUGCGGUCCUAGCUGCUGCGCCCGGGCUGACCGGGCUUCGCCGGGGUCAUGAAGCCCGACGCAGCGCGCGAGCCGGAGCCGCUGAUCCCCGGCCGGGGCGCCGAGCCCGAGGGGCGCUGGCGCGAGAGGGGCGAGGCGGACACGGAGCGACAGCGCACCCGCGAGCGCCAGGAGGCCACGCUGGCGGGGCUGGCGGAGCUGGGGUACCUGCGGCAACGCCAGGAGCUGCUGGUGCGCGGCGCGCUGCGCUGCUCCGGGACCUCGGCGACUAUCACGCCGCGCUCCGGGGAGCUGCGAGGGGACGCGGCGCAGCGCAGCCGUCUGGAGGAGAAGUUCCUGGAGGAGAACAUCUUGUUGCUGCGGAGGCAGUUGAACUGCUUGAGGAGAAGAGAUGCCGGUCUGCUGAAUCAGCUACAGGAACUUGACAAACAGAUAAGUGACCUGAGACUGGAUGUUGAAAAGACGUCCGAAGAGCAGCUGGAGACGGACAGCCGGCCUAGCUCAGGGUUUUAUGAGCUGAGUGAUGGGGCUUCGGGAUCCCUUUCCAAUUCCUCUAACUCCGUGUUCAGUGAGUGUUUGUCCAGUUGCCAUUCCAGCACCUGCUUCUGCAGCCCCUUGGAGGCAGCUUUGACUAUCUCAGAUGGUUGCCCCAAAUCUGCAGAUCUCAUAGGAUGGUUGGAAUGUAAAGGCGGCCACUGUGAAGACCAGGCCUCCGGGGCAAUUUGCAGUUCCCCCUCCACACCACUAUUUAAUUCCCUUGAUGUCAUUGCAGAUGUGAAUCCUAAAUACCAGUGUGAUCUGGUGUCUAAAAACGGGAAUGAUGUAUAUCGAUAUCCCAGUCCGCUUCAUGCCGUGGCUGUGCAGAGCCCAAUGUUUCUCCUUUGUCUGACGGGCAGCUCUCUGCGGGAAGAGGAGGGGCUGGGGAGCCACGCCAGUGACAUUUGCCUCGGAUCUGAACUGAACGCCCCCAAAGCGGAUAACUCCUUGCCAUCUCCGAGCGGUUUGUGGUCUUCCCAUCCUUCUUCAUCCAGUAAGAAAAUGGAUGGCUACAUUUUGAGCCUGGUCCAGAAAAAAACACACCCUGUAAGGACCAAUAAACCUAGAACGAGUGUGAAUGCUGACCCAACCAAAGGGCUUUUGAGGAAUGGAAGUGUGUGUGUCAGGGUCCCUGGUGUCGUCGUCCCACAAGGCAGUGGUGUGAACCUUAAGAAUAUGAAACAGAUGUGUUUGCCCUCUGGGGGAAUAGCCACUUUGGAAACUGGGCCGUUCUCCCCACCUAAGCAGAGGUCAAAAGACUCAAAGGCGGAGCCAUUGGAAAGCAAGAGGUUGGCUCUGCCGGAGGGCUGCUUGGCCAGCGCGGCCACGGAACCUCCAAGCAAGCAUCUGCCCAAAACCUCCAAGGCAGCCUCUCAAGAGCUCGCCAGGUGUCCUGCGGGGCUGGGGGAGUCCCCGAAGGAAAGUGGCCAGGUCUCAGCUGUCUCUCCUAAAGCCAGUCCCGGCAGAGGCCCCGUCGCCCCGGUAGAGAACAAAGCUCCGCAGCCCCAGAAGAAGAUGCCGCAGAAGGGCGGCCUCCAGGCUCUGCCCGCGGUGGAGCGGCCGCCCUUGGACUUCAAAAGCGAGGGCUCGUCUCAGAGCCUCGAAGAGGGGCAUCUGGUGAAGGCUCAGUUCAUCCCGGGGCAGCAGGCGGGCGCCAGGCCUCACCGCGCACACAGGAACCCGGGCGUCGCGAGGAGCGCCACCCUGAAGGCCCGCGGCCCCGCGGCCCCGGAGCACGGCCUGCCCACCGUUCGGGAGAAAACGCGGGCGGCGGGCAAGAAGUGCCGCUUCCCCGACGACUCGGAUACAAACAGGAAACUCAGGAAGGCCUCCUCCAAGGGCCGGCGCGGCGGGCCGCCUGACGCGGGCCUUCCCGGCAGGGCCCUGGGCGCUGGCGGCCAUCGGGCGGGCGGCAGGGCGCACGCGCACGGACGGGAGCCGGUGGUGGCCAAACCGAAGCACAAGCGAACCGACUACCGCCGGUGGAAGUCGUCGGCCGAGGUCUCCUACGAGGAGGCCCUGCGGCGGGCGCGGCGGGCCCGCAGGGAGCACGGGGGCGCCUACCCGGUGGCCGUGGCGCUGCCCUACCCCAGCCCCUACGCCUACGUGGCCAGCGACUCCGAGUACUCGGCCGAGUGCGAGUCGCUCUUCCACUCGACCGUGGUGGACACCAGCGAGGACGAGCAGAGCAACUACACCACCAACUGCUUCGGCGACAGCGAGUCCAGCGUGAGCGAGGGCGAGUUCGUGGGCGAGAGCACCACCACCAGCGACUCGGAGGAGAGCGGGGGUUUAAUCUGGUCCCAGUUCGUCCAGACUCUCCCACUUCAAACGGUCACCGCCCCGGACCUUCACACCUGCCCCACGAAAACCUUUGUCAAGAUCAAGGCGUCGCACAACCUCAAGAAGAAGAUCCUCCGCUUCCGGUCGGGCUCUUUGAAACUCAUGACGACCGUUUGAGUGGCUGAUGUAGACAGUGUUCCUCCUCCUGAUCCCCAUGUCUCUGGGGGGAAAAAAAGUGGUGUCUUAAUAUUUGUGUCAUAUUGAAAUGGGAUACUUACCUUUUGUUAGGAUAAGCCCACGAUAAAUUAUGUAUGGACGCUAGUGCCUUUGAUGGAAGGUGAAGGAUAUAUCGCUAGUUAGAAGUAAAUAGUAAGGUCUUAAUGGUGGUGAUAGUGAAAGAAUUUUGAUUAUCAACUUUUUUAUUUUUUUGGUUUAUAUUGUCCGAGCGUCUGCAAAAUACAGGUUUUUUGAUGUUCAGGUUUUAUUUGGAUGAGACCGUUUGUUUCCAAGGUCCGUGGAUGGAAUUUUUUAAGACAUGAACUUGCUCCUUGAUUCUUUAGGGCUGUGUCCCUGAAAGGGCUUUCCAGAUGAUGGGCAUUGCAUUGAAUUGUAUAGAGUACGUAGAAAAAAAAAUGGUCAUUGCUUUCGGUAAAUUUUUUUAAUACAGUCAACUCUUCUCA